UUUGAGUUCUUGGAAUCCGUUCGACAAUACCUACUGGGACACGAUUCCAUCAAUCUCAUGCCUGCAACCCACCAAGUUGCUUCUCAUGAUCCACUUUCAAACCCUAAACGUGAUGGUGAUUUGGAGAACAUUGUUUUCCGCAGUGAGGAUGCAACUGCUGUGGUGGCGCGUCAUGUCCACGCCCCACAGGCGUGGAAGCAUUACCGAGGCGUGAGGCGCAGGCCGUGGGGGAAGUUUGCGGCGGAGAUAAGGGAUCCAAAGAAGAACGGAACUAGGGUUUGGCUUGGAACUUUUGACACUGAGGAGAAAGCAGCUCUGGCUUACGACAAAGCUGCUUUCAAGAUGCGUGGGCAAAAAGCUAAGCUGAAUUUUCCUCAUCUUAUAGAUUCUGAUAAUUUUGAAACAUUGUCGGAACCUGUGAUGGAAACAACUUGUAAGAGGAAGUUGUCGCAAAGUUUUGAACCAUCUUCACCGUCAUCCUCGUGUUCAGAAGAUAGCUCAGAGUCACAAGGGACGAAGAGGAGGAAGAACCUCACUCAUCUAUUGAAUAAGUUAGCCAAGAACAGAAGCCAAGCCAAGCUGGCAUGUUGAUCUGUUGUACAAUUUCAUUCAAAGAUUGUAUUGUAAUGCAAUCUGGUGUUCAUACGAUUUAA